AUGGCGGAAGAGGGCGCUCCGGCCCGGCGCGGGGAGCGGGAGCGCAGCGAGGAGGUGCCGGCGGAGCGCGGCCCCGGUGCGGCUUUUCAUAUGUUCGUGCUCAUGGAGGACCUGCUGGACAAGCUGAAACUGCUGAGCUACGAAGAGGAGGCGCUGCGGCGCCACAACAUGCGGCCUCUAUCCAGGCACUACUUUGCGCUGCCCACCAACCCCGGAGAGCAGUUCUUCAUGUUCUGCACGCUGGCUGCCUGGCUGAUCAGCAAAGCGGGCCAUCCCUUCGAGCAGCCGCAGGAGUGCGAUGACCCCAACGCAGUGAUUUCAAACGUGCUCUCAGAGCUGCGCGCCUUUGGAAGGCCUGUGGAUUUUCCUCCCUCAAAAUUAAAGACAGGCUGCGGUGAGCAAGUGUGCUAUGUUCUUGAUUGUUUAGCUGAAGAAGCCUUGAAACGCACUGGGUUUAGCUGGAAAAGGCCAGCAUACCCAACAGAAGAGCCGGAAGAAGAAGAAAUAACAGAAGAUGAUGCAGAAUUAACACUUAGUAAAUUGGAAGAGGAUGUUGCAGAAGAAGAGUCAGACAAUGAAGAAAAUUAUAUUGACCUGAAUGUUUUAAAGGCACAAACGUACAGAUCAAACAUGAAUGACACUGCAAAGCAAGAAGAGAUUUUACAGUCCACAACAGAUGCAGCAGAGUGGAAUCUGGAAGUGGAACGUGUGCUUCCACAGUUGAAAGUCACAGUCAGAACUGACAAUAAGGAUUGGAGGAUUCAUGUAGAUCAAAUACAUCAGCAUAAGGAUGAAAUUGAUUCUUCUCUGAAAGAAACUAGGGGUUACCUUGACAAACUCCAUACUGAAAUCAGCAGAACACUGGAAAAGAUCAAUAGCAGGGAAAAGUACAUCAACAAUCAGUUGGAGCACUUGGUUCAAGAAUACCGUUCAGCACAAGCCUUGCUGAGUGAGGCUAAAGAGAAGUACCAGGAGGGAAGUGGAGGAGUAACUGAAAGGAUUAGAGUGCUUUCUGAGAUUACAGAAGCAUUAGAGAAAGUAAAGCAGGAAACAGAAGAGAAAGGAAGCAGUAUGACUGAUGGUGCUCCUCUAGUGAAGAUUAAACAGGCCUUAACCAAACUGAGGCAAGAAACCAUUCAGAUGGACAUACAGAUUGGUGUGAUGGAACACACAUUGCUCCAGUCAAAGCUGAAAGAGAAAUCCAAUAUGACUAGAGAUAUGCAUGCAACAGUGAUUCCAGAAACCACAGUAGCUGCCUAUUAAAAUUGUUUGGACCUGACUUGAUUUGCCCAAAAUGCAGUUUUCUACCAUUUGCUUUUUUGUGAGUUCAGAGGUUUUGUUUAUGUUGCGGUAGAAGGAUGUUCUUUUUUCCUGUUCCUUUUGAGCAAGAUGCUUGUUAAAAGAUGAACUUUUUUAAGAAGUAAUGUGCACACUUUAGACUCAAGAGGGAGCCAUGUUUAGUUUUGUGUUGUAAAGAUUUACUGCAUAUCUCUUCCAAAUAAAUUAAUACAUUCUUGUUAGUGAA